UAUGUGAUUGAACUUGCGCAACCUGCAGUUCCCCCCUUCCCUGCUCUGCUGGAAGAAGGCGUACCUUCGGAUAUCUAUUCGUCAUUCAUAAUAUCACCAACAGCUUCAGAGACAGAAUCUAAGGGGUCUGAUCAAGAGGGUUACCUGGAAGAGCCCUGUCCAGAGGUAGAGUCCCUUGAGGCAGAUGCUGUGGCUGGUGUCGCUGCUGAAGAUCAGAAGUCUGCAGUGGAUGAAAUCCCAAAUGAAAUUAUUGGCAACCUUGAGGCAGAGAUAAAUGAAAAGCUGCAAAUGCAAGAAGAAGCUGAUGCUUUGAGAACAGAAAAAUUAAAAAGUCCUAAAUAG